GAAAAAAUGGAAAAAUAGUCCACAAGCGCUUUUUAUGGUGAAAUGUAACUGCCGUUGCAUGGAGCCCAUCAGACUGGACAAUGAAGAUCUCUCCUGUGGUAAUACCUUUCCUGACUAGCCUCUUUUUUGGAAAUAUUUGUUCAGCUAUCAAUGUGACAGUCAUUCCAUCUUCAUUCACUGUGGUGGCCGAGGGAGACAACAUCACCUUGUCCUGUCAGGUCAGUCAGCGUCGCAGGUCAGUGAGCCUGCCCGUGGUCCGUUGGAUGUUCCAGCCCGAGUGGGGAGGAGAGCUGCUCUUGGCGAGGGUGAACAUGAGGAAAGAAAAGUUCUAUGGAAACUACCCCAAGAGCUUCCAAAAGCCUCAAAUGAAACUGACAGUGGUGAAGCAGGGGAAGAUAUAUAACCUCCUGAUAAUGAACAUCACAGAACAAGAUAGUGGUCUUUACAGCUGCAGAGUCCAGGAGUUCAAGAGGCAUCAGGAGCGUUGGAAAGCCUCAAACAACAGCUCAGCCUCCACAAAGCUCAGAGUCCAUGUUUUCCCUGCUGACAGGCCAAAGGAGGAAAUGUGGAGUCAGCUUGAAGAUGUGUAUUUGUGUACCGUGCUAGUCUGUUGUGUUGGACUGUUGUGCAUGUGGAUGUUCACAGUAGCUGUGAGUUGUCAGUAUCUGCAGAGGAAGGAACAUUUAAAAGAAAAUUAUCAUUUGGUCAAGAGUUCACAAAACAGCUCAGGUGAGACAGUCACGAUUGUUGUUGGUCUGUCUCCGGCUCUUCCCAAAAAAGAAAGAAAGUACAAGAAAAAGAAAUGCGUGGAGCAGCCAGAUGUGCCUCCAGAGAUACCGGCUAAAGUCCCUAUUUCAGAUGCAAUGUGGGUGCCAAAGCUUUUAAAACCUCAAUGCAGAAAAGUGGUUUUGCCCCAAAUUGCAGAGGAGAUUCUGACAUAUGCUGAACUUGAACUAAUGAAGCCACUACCUGAUGCUAAAACUGCAAAGACAGGAACUGUGUACGCUCAGAUACUCUUUGAGGAUAAGCCAGUGUAGCAUUAAACCAUUUACUUGUUAGAAAAUUAUUAUUUAUAAUACAAUACUGCUUUGAUGUUGUUCUUUUUUUUUAAUAAACAUUUUUACUUUCAGACACUACCUAUCAUAAAUUGUUAACAUUGUAUGUGAAUUUCUUUCUAUCUAUGUCGAUAUUUACAUAGGCAACAAAUGGGGAAUAGAACUACAAUCGGAAACAACUACAAUCAGAAACCCAUCUCUAGUACAAAUAUGAGCCUCCUACUCAAAAUGUCUUCAACUUUGGUUAGUGCAUAGAGAUGGGAAAACAUCAACAAAUAUUUCUCAUUCAUAUUUACAAGAAAUCACAUUCAUGUCUCUUAGUAAACUAACAUUUGUGACCCUGGACCGCAGUCACAAGUAGCACGGGUAAAUUAGUAGCAACAUACCAUGCAUGUUUGUAUCUCCUCUUUGCUCUGCCUCUCUGAAACGUGCUGAUAUUUUAAAUUAGUUAAGUUAAUUGCUUAUGUGUAAAGCAAAAAAGUUGAAAUAUUUUAUUGGCUAUAUUUCCAACGGCAGAAAUCCUUCCUGUUUGGCUAUAAGGAUUAAGGUUAGCCAGAGUUAAACGUAAACUUUUUUUUUUUUUUUUCCUUUAAGGGAAUGUCUUUUUCCAACAUUCCCUUAUGAGGUUGUCAUUGUCUCUUUCUCUCAAUAAGUAAUGGUCUGGCUUUUUUGGAAACUAACUUGGUAUUAGCACCUAUUUUAUUAUUGGUCUUGAAUGACACAUCGCCCAAAUGCUCCCUGAAGUCGCUUUGUAUGUAUAUGACAAUGUAUAUUUAACUUAAGAUGGCUAGGUGUUUUUUUCAGUUUAUUUUUCAUAAAGGAAACACUUCGUUGUAUUUACACCUGUUGUUCCGGAUUUAAUAAUAACUAGAAUAGCCUGUAUGUUUCCAUUUAAAACUGCUGUCUUUGUCAUUAAAAAACAUUAUACUAUAAUAACACAAAAAAUCGGCCUUGCGCUCACUAUGAACGGCACCUGGUACUGUAUGUAAUCCUUAUAAAUGUACUAUUGUACUACUGUAUUAUACUAUUAUGCCACUCAAUUUUACAAUAUUACAACGUGUUAUAUGUUGCAAGCAUCUCGUGUCUGCGUCUGUGUUUCCCGCCCUUUUUGUCUCAUUAGCCUUCCCAUUUGUGUUUCAUUACCCACACCGGCCCCUUGUUAAUUAUCCUGUGUUUGUUCCCCUUUAAAAACAUCCUUGUGUCCAUUGUCCUGUGCUCGUUCAUUGUUCGCUGUAUGCUGUAUGCUGUAAGCUGUAAACUGUACCUUGUUUAUAUUGUGACCUACCUUGUCAAGUUCUUGUUACCUCGAGUAUAGUCUAGUGUUGUCCUUAGUGUUUAUUUUCUGAGUCUAGUUAGUCCGUGUCCGCAUUAUCAUUAUUAUUUAUCUGGUCUGUUUUCCCCCUCGUGGGUUUUGUUUUACCUUUUGUAGAGUCUUGUCUUGUUAUAAUAAAUAUCUG